ACACGCAUGGCCACACGGACUGAGUCUGGCUUUCGCCAACCUGUUGCUCUUGCCGGCCUCUGUAGACGUGCGCCUGAGCCCGCGCCGCUAUUUGUGCUUUUGCUAGUGCCUGCCUGCCUGCAUGCCGCGCUCAUCUCGCGUCCACCGGCGAGGCAAAUAGGAUCGUGGCUGGCACAGUCUGGCUGA